AUGCCUGAUUUAACUGUUGGAAAGAAGAGAUUUAUCCAUCCAAAUAUGUGUUUCACCAAUUUGAUCAAUCGAGAUAAAUCAACUCUUUCGGAAAGUGAUAAUUGUUUUUUCCCUGAGGCACUGAGUAAAGAUUAUAGCCCAAUUCUACCUGGGCUACCUGAUGAUGUGUCUGAGUAUUGUCUCGCACUUGUGCCUCGUUCCAACUUCCCUGCUAUGGGUGGUGUAUGUAAGAGAUGGAGGUCGUUUAUUCGAAGCAAAGAAUUCGCUACUGUGCGAAAAUUGGCUGGGAUGCUCGAGGAAUGGCUCUAUUUCUUAACAACGGACUGUGAAGAAAAGGAAAGUCAUUGGGAGGUUAUGGAUUGUCUCGGUCGUAAAUGCCGAUCUAUUCCACCAAUGCCUGGUCCAGUAAAGGCUGGGUUUGGAGUGGUGGUUCUUGAUGGAAAACUUUUUGUUAUGGCUGGUUAUUCAGCUAUUGAAGGAACUGCCUUUGCCUCAGCUGAGGUUUACCAAUAUGAUUCUUGCCUCAACAGCUGGAGCAGAUUGUUGAACAUGAAUGUGGCUCGUUAUGACUUUGCUUGUGCUGAAGUCAAUGGCCUGGUUUAUGCUGUUGGAGGCUAUGGGGAGAAUGGUGACAGUUUGUCCAGUGCUGAGGUGUAUGAUCCAGAUACUGACAAGUGGACGCUGAUAGAGAGCCUCCGCCGUCCGAGAUGGGGUUGUUUUGCUUGUGGAUUUGAGGGUAAGCUCUAUGUCAUGGGUGGAAGGUCAAGCUUCACUAUUGGAAACUCCAAGUUUGUUGAUAUAUACAACCCUGAGAGGCACAGCUGGUGUGAGAUUAAGAAUGGCUGUGUUAUGGUCACAGCUCAUGCAGUAUUAGGAAAGAAGUUGUUCUGCAUUGAGUGGAAGAACCAGCGGAAGCUGGCUAUCUUCAGUCCAGAGGACAAUUCGUGGGAAAUGGUAGCAGUUCCAUUGACAGGGAGUACAAGUGUUGGUUUUCGGUUUGGGAUACUGGAUGGAAAGUUGCUGCUAUUCCCUCUGGUGGCAGAACAUGCUUAUCAAACAUUGUUGUAUGAUCCAAAUGCAGCUCUGGGGUCAGAGUGGCAGACUUGUGACAUAAGGCCAUCUGGUAUGUGCUUGUAUUGUGUAACAAUCAAGGCGUGA